AGUCUUGCAGAUGUGUUCUGGCUCCUCCCCUUCAGUAUUGCACAGGUGUAGAGGCUCCUCCCCUCCAGUCUUGCACAGGUGUACCGGCUCCUCCCCUUCAGUCUUGCACAGGUGUACCAGCUCCUCCCCUUCAAUCUUGCACAGGUGUUGUAGCGGCUCCUCCCCUUCAGUCUUGCACAGGUGUACAGGCUCCUCCCCUUCAGUAUUGCACAGGUGUAUGGGCUCCUCCCCUUCAAUCUUGCACAGGUGUACAGGCCCCUCCCCUUCAAUCUUGCACAGGUGUACGGGCUCCUCCCCUUCAAUCUUGCACAGGUGUACUGUCUCCUCCCCUUCAGUCUUGCACAGGUGUAGCGGCUCCUCCCCUUCAGUCUUGCACAGGUGUACAGGCUCCUCCCCUUCAGUCUUGCACAGGUAUACUGGCUCCUCCCCUUCCGUCUUGCACAGGUGUACAGGCCCCUCCCCUUUAGUCUUCCACAGGUGUACUGGCUCCUCCCCUUCAGUCUUCCACAGGUGUACUGGCUCCUCCCUUUCAGUCUUCCACAGGUGUACUGGCUCCUCCCCUUCGGUCUUGCACAGGUGUAGGGGCUCCUCCCCUCCUCUAAUGUCACUGCACACUGUGAGCUUCUCACAAGGUGCAUUAGAAGCUGCAGCAAGUCAGAUAGAGCUCCACCUCAUUUCUUGGCUGGAGGACACCCAGCAUUACCUAGCACUUUCUUCCCCAGCCUGACUGUCCAUGGUUCACCCCUUUCAAUUAUGGGGGCUUAACAUCACAGGUGGGUGUUGCCUAGGGUGGUCUGCAUGCAAAUACACCCUGUCUAGGAACACCUACUUCUCCAGACUGACACCCACACAUCAAAUCAUUGUAA